AUGGGAUCAGGAUCUAGUGGCAACUCGUCCACCAAUUCAUCCGUUAAAUCGAAGGAUCUUAGAGUUGCACCAGAAGAUCCGCUAAGUUCACAGGGCUAUGAUAGCUCGGAAAAUGCGAAUAAAAAGCCUCUGGAGAAUGUACCUACCAGCAGCUCUACAACGACAGCGUGGGCAAUUUGGGGGAAUAAGACUGCGGGCGGUUUUCGUGGCGGAAACAAGAACUUGGAUAGCUCAGAUUGCAAGGAAACAGAAGAUUUGAAGGGUGAGACUAGCAAUAAUGACGCCGGAUGGUGGAAAAAGUCAUCGAUAAGUUCUUUGCGGGCCUUUUCAAGAGGCGACAGCAGUACCGUUCAGCCAGAGGGUCCUAAGGAGAGCAGCCCGACGACGAAAACCGCCGCAGUAAGGGCUGAUAAUGUAGAAUCGGCACCAGCUACAUUGGCAGGUUCUUCGGAGCCCAGAAGGAGAGCUUGGUCUUUUUGGAACCGGAAAAGCGCAGAAAGCGAAGAUAACACUGCCACAGCAGAUGUGAUUGAGUCUCCGUCGAAUAAUGGUGGUGUGAGUGUUAUAAAACCGAUCAUAAAUGAGCUCAUAACUGGUGGUGGUCCAGAUGACGCAAUUCUGUUCAAAAAAAAGGCCACGGACGAGACUGCUACCGAGCAAAACUUAGAGAAUAAAAAUGAAGAACAAGGCCAUUUGCAAAAUGUUCUGACACCUGCAUUUGAAAUUCUACCUCAACACACAGCUAUGGCUUCAGUUUAUUCCAGUAUGGGCAGAUACGGGCGCAAAUGGCAUUUCCUGUCCGAAAACACUCUGAAGCAGAAAUCCUUGUACCGGAGAAAGGCAGCCACGACCCUCUACGAUUUGAGAUCGGAUGAAAACCAGCCUGUCAGGGUACUUCUAAUAGGUAUACACGGUUUCUUCCCCACCAAAAUGAUCAGACCGCUUAUAGGCGAACCCACAGGUACAUCUACCAAGUUUAUUACCGAGGCUGAAAAGGCAGUGAUUCGGUGGUUUCGAGACCAGAAGGUACCUGUGGAGAUCAGCAAAAUAGCGCUCGAACGGGAGGGAAAGGUUAUGGACCGCGUAGAGUUUUUUCAACAAGUCAUCAAGAAAUGGGUUGAUGAGAUCAACAAAGCAGACUUCAUUUAUUUCGUGGCACACUCGCAGGGAUGUCCCGUAUCUAUUAUUUUGCUGGCAAAAUUGAUAGAGGAAGGUAUUUUACAGCUGGACCAAACGAAUCUAGUAUCGCCAGAGCCAGAUUUAAGGACAGGAGCAGUCAAAAAAAAAGUGGUCAGCAUUUUGGCGAUGGCGGGGGUAAAUAAUGGUCCCUUCUACGGAGUUGACCAGACACUGUUUGUGAGAGCUUAUUCUACCAUCGAAAAUGAUUCUUUGAGGGAGCUAUUCCAGUUCCAAAAUUUCGAUUCUUUUUUGGCGAGAAAGUAUAUUCAAAGUCUAAAGAUCAUUAUAGCAAGCAACGUCAAGAUCACAUUUGUGGGCUCGAUCAACGACCAAUUGGUACCUCUUUAUUCAUCAACUUGUCUGUUUGCACACCAUCCUAACAUUUUCAGAGCUACUUUCAUCGACAAAGAUUCCAAAACUCCAGAUUUCAUUACACGUAUUGUCGGGAUCGCGAAUCAUCUAAACAACCUAGGUUUUGAUGAUCAUGGAAUAAUAAAAGAAAUCAGUGCUUCUCUGGCUGGUACGUUGACCGGUGGUGGCCACUCCAAGAUCUAUAACGAGGGCCAAGUUUAUGAACUAGGAAUAAAGUUUGCUCUAGAGACUUCUGACGCUCCUGACGAUCAAGCAGUAAGAUACGAAACCUACCGUGUGGACGAAUUGGGAUCGAAUCCAUACCAUCUGCCAUGGUGCAUGAGGGGGCUAUUGUUUGAGACCGGCUCUCACAUUGGCCGCCAACAAAUUAUGGAUUUGUUUCGAGAGUUUGAAGAAUGGGAUCCUCAAACUAAAUUGCUGAAAGACGUCAAAUACAGAUUGAAUGGUCUUCGAUCAAAACUGUGA